AGCCAGCCAGCCAGCCAGCCAGCCGGAGCCUAGCCCCUCCUUGUCUCCCAUCGCAGUGCAGCGCAGCACUCGGUCGUCGGCAAGCAGCAGCAGAUGCUCGGAACCGGCCAAGGGGUGCACGUGCAAGGGGGCCAUCCAGACCUCUGACUGACAUUCUCCAUAAAAAUUUCACCAUCCACCAGAUCCAACGCCAUCACCACUUAUUUUCCUCUUUUGUUAUAUCGCAGGCCGCCUUCCGCCCUUUCCUCCCAUCUCCUCCCGACCUGGUCGUCAAACCCACCCGAGAGACGACCUCUCAAUCGACUUCGUCAAGGGCAACAUGCCUGCGCCCGAAGCCCUCGACCCCGCCCUCAUCCUCGACGAGUGGACAAACCGCGUACAGAACUUACCCGAGGAGAUCAAGUUCAUCCACGACGAGAUCACCGCCAAGGAUCUCGAGUUGGCAAAGUGCCUCCGAAUCAUUGACGACAAGGACUCCAAGAUACAGAAAUGGAUCAAGGCCAAUGGAGCUGCUGAGCCCAAUCCUAAGGAGGAGAAGGACUACAGGCCUGCCAUCCGUGAGGCUUACAAGAAGGCGGAGGAGCUCCAGAGCGAGAAGGAGAAAUUGACACAGCGUCUCCAAAUAACAAUGGAUAGGCACCUCAAGUGGCUGGACAAGCAGAUCAAGAUUCUCUACGAUCGCAACGAGCCCGGCUUCACCGAGCCCGACACUCUACCUUCCACCCUUCGACCAAGCGCCGCCAACAACUCCGCACCCUCUGUGCGCGCCGUGACUUCGUCAACGAACCCAGUCACAGCAGCCCUCAGCACACUGGCGAACCCAGCCAGUACUACCGGACCCAAGACCAGCAACUCCUCGGUUCGGAGUGCUCAGGCUUCGCAGCACGUAUCCUCCUCCGCACCGACAUCCCCCGCAGCUACCAUGAUUAUGAAGCGCGCCGCACGAGAAGGGUCGGCCGGCCCAACAACCUCCCUUCACAAGGCCCCCCGUAUCAAUACCAGCCUGGGCAGCCUGCCUAAUCCGUCAAGCGGCCUGGCGCGGCACUCGUCCCUCGGGCCAGGCACACCGAAGGGCCACACACCAACCGGCGUGCAAAGGGCAGGUAGCGCCGGACCACGGACCAUGCUUAAGGGCGCUGUGGUCCCGGGCCGCAAGGGCACGCCAUCAGGGGGGGUUGGCCGCAGCAGCAAGAAGGGUACGCCAGCCGGCGGGCCCAAGUCCGGCCUGCAGCGCGUGAGGAAAACCGCAAAGAACUCGCCCUCUUCUACCGCCGACAGCGAACUCUCCGACGCCGACAGCGGCGCCAGUGGCGAAGAGUCGGACGCACGCACGGGGGGUCGCGGGACGCCGGCGCGCACCGAGGGCGUCUCGAGCGGCCGGGCGGAAGGCACGGGCCAUGCGCCACGGACGAAGCGGGAGGACGAGGACAUCUACAUGGAUGACGACGAAGGCAGCGACGACCGUAAGUACUGUCUCUGCCAGAAGGUCAGCUUUGGGGACAUGAUCGCCUGCGACAACGACGACUGUCCGUACGAGUGGUUCCACUGGUCCUGCGUGGGGCUCAAGAGCGAGCCGCAGCAGGGCGGGACGUGGUUCUGUCCCGUGUGUUCGGAGGCCAUGAAGAAGAAAGGAAAGUGAGAUAGAGGUUGUGUGUGGCCGUCUGGAGCCGGCAUUAGGGGUCGGCUCUCGCUUAGCUACGUACGACCUGUCGUAGUAUCUUGCGUCGACAGAAUGGUUGGUUUUUGGUCAAGUUAUGACAAAACCAGCAUGUGGCAGUUAAGAUGCCGUUUUAGAUACCCAUAAGUUCUCGAGAAAAUCGAACAUAGUUAAAAAAAAGUUUUGAAUUAUUUCCUG